GUUUCUCUAUUACUUUCUUAUCUUGCGUCGAGAGAAGCCAAACAAUUCAUUCCUGUUCCUGUUGAGCUGACUUCCCCUUGACCGUGCAACAUCUGAUCUUUCUCAGCCUGCCACGCGCGGAUCAAGCUUGCAAGGCCCUAGUAUGCUGUAACACUAGCAGUCAAAGCACAUAGGGCCCAACGGGCGCUAGAGGAUGUGGGGCAACCUCAGCAAACUCGGAGACGCGCUGCAGGGAGCUGUUGGAGAGGCGUUGCAAAAAGCCACGGCGGAUGUAGAGGCGAGGCUAGACACGACGCUCGGCAUUCAAGAUGACAAGCCUGCGUCACAAGACACAAACGCACCCGCCAAACCGGAGGGGGCAAGCACAGCGGGCCAGGAAGGAGCAGCAGCAGUUGGCGAGCCGGGCGCUGCACCUGUAAAGAAAAAGGUUGUGAAGAAGGUCAUUCGACGCGUGGUCAAAGGGGGUGGCACAGAUGCUGCGGGCAGCGCAUCUGCAGGAGCAACAGACGCCAAACCCUCUGGUCAGGGGAACGCAGAAGUGGCGGGGGAGGGCUCGGGCACGGCAGCACGCGCCAGCACUUCUGGCGCCCAUGCCAGCGGCCUCGAUGCGCCGACAGCAGAUGCCGCUGGCGAGACAGCUUCUACCAGCAACGGUGCGGCCGAGGACGGCGCAUCGUCGCGGCCGUCAGCAGCUGCCAGCGCUACCAGCGGCUCACGGCGGCCGUCCAUGGUAGGUGACGAAAACUCGGCGGCUGCUGCAGACUCGGCGCCGGCACCGGCAGCCUCAGCAGGCGGGGGCGCCGGCAAGGGCUCGCGCCGCGCGUCGGAGCACCAGGGGAACGGCGCCGAUGCCGAGGGGUGGGGUGGUGGCUGGAAUGACGAUGCCGACGACCUCACGGCAGCGCCAUCCUCAGAUGCAGCGCCGGCAGGGGACGCGGUGGCGAGCGGCCGGGACUGGGGCUCGUCGCAGCUUGCAGCCGCGGACGAGCCAGCCACCUUGACGGCAGGGCCGGGCACGCCGUGUGUGGCCAGUAGCAGCGGCAUCGCUGCGGACGCUUCGCCUGCAAACGGCAAGGCGGCGGAGGCGGCUGAUGCUCCCUCCACCUCGUCAUCGGCAGCACCGCCAACCGGUCCCGCACCCUCAGCAGCGGCGCCGCCGGUAGCCGCGGCGCCAGCAGCCACUGUCGCCGCAGAGCGGAGGCAGUCCCUCGACAAGCGGGAACCGGGCGGCGGCGGCGGCGGCAGCGGCGGCGGCGCGGGUGGCGGCGACGACCUGUCGGGGCUGGGCGUGGAGCAGCUGCGGCGGCUGGUGGUGCAGCUGCGUGGGGACAUGGCGGCCAAGGAUGCCGCGCUGCUCAAAUCGGCGCAGCAGGUGUCGGACCUGCAGCAGGUGGUGGCGGGGCUGCAAACGCGGAACGAGGAGCUGGCGAUGAAGAGCGCCAACCUCAGCGAGGCCGACUUCGAGAGCGUGCGCUCCGAGUUCGAGUCGCGGCUGGCGGCCGCGGAGCGCAAGGUGUAUGCGCUGACCAAGGAGCGCGACGCGCUGCGCAAAGGCGCGGAGAAGCUGGCGGACUACUCGGCGCUCAUCAAGGAGAAGGACGACAUCAUCAAGCAGGUGAUGGACGAGGGCGAGAAGCUGUCGAAGAAGCAGGUGGACCUGGAGGGCAUCAUCAAGCGCCUGAGGCAGCAGCUGGCGGCGGCGGAGGGCGAGCGCGACAAGCUCAGCGGGCGGCUGGCGGCGGAGGAGGCGGGCGCGGCGGAGCUGAGGCGGGCCAAGGCCAAGCUGGAGAAGGACCUGGUGGCGGCAGGCGAGAUCGCGAAGGCGGACUUGGAGGCGCAGAAGGAGCACUUUGAGCUGCUGCUGCACAAGGCCAAGAGUGACCAGGUCGACGCGGAGGAGCGCGCCCGUGACGCCGCGGCUCAGGGCCUGGCCCGCAAGCUGCGGGAGGCGGAGACGCGCUGCGAGGCGCUGGCGGAGAGCUGCGCGGAGCUGCGGGACGCCCUGGACCGCCAGCGGCAGGCGGCGGACCUGCGGGAGGAGAUGCUCAAGACCGACAUCAACGACCUGGAGCGGCGCUGCCAGGCGGCGGAGCUGCGGCACCAGGACCUGGCGGCCAAGCUGCCCGAGGCCACGCGGCCGCUGCUGCGCCAGAUAGAGGCCAUGCAGGCGGCGGCGGAGGCGCAGGCGGAGGCGUGGGCGGGCGCGGAGGGCUCGCUGCACGCGCGCAUCAACGACGCGGAGGGCCGCGCGGCCUCGGCGGCGGAGCGGGAGCGCCUGGCGGUGGACAAGAUGCAGAUGCUUGUUGCCAAGGUGUCGGCGCUGGACGCCGGCCUGUCAGCCGCGCGCGCCGAGGUGCGUGCGCUCAACGAGCAGCUGGAGGCGGCGCGGCAGACGGCGGCGGCGGCGCAGGAGGCGGCGGCCUCGGCGCGGCACGCGGCGGAGGUGCACGCGGAGCGCUACCGCCUGCAGGAGCAUCAGGUCGAGCAGCUGGAGGCCGCUGCUGCCGAGUUCCGUGACGCGGAGCGCGCCGCGCGGCAGGCGGCAGAGCACGACAUGGCGGCGCUGCGGCGCGAGUACGAGCGGCGGCUGGCGGAGACGGAGGCGGAGGCGGCGGCGGCGCGCAGCCAGGCCGAGUCCAUGAACAGGGGCCCCGAGCCGCCCGCCAUGGCCGCGCCCGGCUACCGCUGGGUGCUGCUCAAGGAUGGCGAGCAGCCGCACCAGCACCAGCAUGGCGGCGGCGGCGGCGGCGGCCACAGCCGGCCCGGUGACGACUUGCACUGGGGCGACUCCAUGGGCGGCGCGGGCGGCGGCCUCGCCGGCACCACCUCCACCGAUGUGCUGCAGCAGCUGCGCGGCGGCACCCCGAGCGGCGGCGGCGGCCUGCACCACCACCACCACCACGCCGCCUCCAGUCCGCACCUGGCCCACUCGGCAUCCAUGGGCCACGGCCACCACGGCGGCGGCGACCAGGUCCAGGCGGUCAUGGCCAGCGAGCUGGAGUCGCUGCGGGCGCAGCUGCGUGCCAAGACCGGCGAGCUCACGGCGGCGCAGCAGCUGGUGGUGGAGCUGGAGGCGACCCGAGACAGGCUUGCGGAGGAGCUGGUUGCGGGGUCCGCCAAGUCCGAGGAGGCGGCGGAGGCUCUGGCGCUGCGGGACUCGCUGCAGGCGGAGGUCGGGGAGCUGAGGGCCAAGCUGGCCAGCGCCCUGGAGCUAGUGGGCGAGCGCGACGAGCAGGUGGAGGAGCUGCUGGCGGACCUGCAGGACGUUAAGUGCAUGUACAAGGACCAGAUCGAGUUUAUGUGCCAGCAGCUGGCGGAGCUCCAGGACGGGCGAGGCGGCGGCGGCGGGCCCCUGGGCGGACCCACAGGCGCCGUGCACGGACACGGGUCCGCGCCCGGCGCGGCGUCGGCGGCGCCGCCGGGGCGGCCGCCGCCUUCUGCGGCGGCAGCGGCCGCGCUGCACGGCGGGGGCGAGGCUGCGGAGGGCCCAGGGAGUGGGCCCCUGGCGCACCGUGGGUCGGGUGGCGCGGGGCUGGGCAAGUGGCGCUCGGGCUACGGCUCGGCGUCUGGGCUUGCGAGCAUGGGCGAGGCGGGGGCGGAUGGCGGUGCAGCAGGCGGGGGUCUGGGGUCGGCGCUGGGGGGCAGCCGGCUGGGGAACGGUGCGGCAUGAUGACCGUGUGCGGCAGGCAUGGCAGGGUGGGUUGCAAAUGCCAGCCCAAAUCAAAUGGAGUGGAGUGAGGUGGGGUGGGAUGGGGUGGCUUGUAAUGGAUGCGCCAGAUUAGGAAUGUCAGGCCUCGCAGCUGUCCAUCGUAGAGUGUGAACACGCGAUGGCAGCCCGGGUAGGAAAGCAGAGGUGUGCUUGCAGUUCCUGUGUGCGUGUGUGGUGAGCGGGUGCAGCAUGGCAUAUGAUUUCUGCUCCGCAGCCCAGGCGUAUCACUGAGCAUCCUACUGGGCUGCGGCGUACGUGAUUGUGCGAGGGGAAGGCGCUACCAUUCUUGCCAUGAGCUCAUGCCUUGCAAUGGAACUGCAGGAGUGAGGUGUCCGCAGGUGUUACGUACGGUAGGAGCGUUCAGUGGUGGAGCGUCAUCGAGGCAUGCACUCGUAUAGGUAGGGGCAAUGGCUCGCUCGUGGCGCGCAGCGUGUAACAGGAAACGCCGUAAAGGGGCUUGAUGACGAGCUGGGGCUUUCCGUAGUGUAUGUAGGCCUUAACUCGCCGUCAGGCCUUCCUCGGACUAACGGCUGGCAAGGCCCACACAGUGUCAACGGGAACACCGUGCAGGACGCUGCGCGUGCGUGGGUUUGCAGGGAGGGCGGACGAACUUGUAACCCGGAUUCGAG